AUGCCCACUUCCAUUUUAGACCUACCGCGCGAGCUUCUAGACCGAAUUGUUGAGCUCGUGUUGCGCUACGAAACCCCGCCCCCUGAAGGUCCCCUACCCCAAUGGCAAAACUAUGAGCCUUGGUCCCGUGAGGCUGGGGGCGUUCUUUCAUCAGACGACGGCGUUUACAGCGUCAGAUACUGGAGGAAUCAGGAGAAAUAUCAUGAUGCUUGGCAAUCCAACCCUUUAUCCCUUCUGCUUGUCAAUCGUCAGAUUGGCGAAAUAACGAAGAGAAGACUGGAUAAUGCACUUACGCCUUCCGUGUUCGAGCUCGAUGUGAUCAUGAGCGAGGAACAGGAGCUACAUCCAAGAUGGUGUUUUCUUUCAAACCCAUGUCGCCAUGUUGGGGAUUUCACAGUGACGUUUAGGGCCGAUGGUACCAGUCCAACUCCAGCUUGGCGUCGAUACUACCUUCUACCUGACGGCGACUCUCCGCCUCGAAUCCUUUGGGCCUUCUACUAUUUGCUGGAACGCUUCCUGGAAGUUGGCCCCUUGGCUGAGCACAGAAGACCGAAUGAUGAACCGCGUACGGACGAUAUGUUCUUCAGGAUCAACCGGUUAACCUUAGACUUUGUCUCACCAGCUAAGAAGGAAAUGCUAGCACCUGCCGAUCUGAGCUUCUGGGCCUGGUUAAAUGGGGGCGUCGAUGAAGACGACCCAGAAUCAUCAACAUCACCCUGUACAGGGGCUUUCAACUUGCUCAUGCGACCAGAAUGGCUGGCUGAAUUUAUCAGUGAAUAUAUUGGGUAUCUUCUCGGUAUGAGUAUACCUAUGGCACCAUACGGAAAGAUGUUGUAUGAAUAUGUGGGAAGUAUCAGGAUCUGCGUCGAUGGAAAAUUGAUAAAGGAGUAUCGAAUCGACUAUAGGCUACAGGAUCUGAAUUAUGUAGGCCUCGAAGAAGAUUGCAAAAGGUAUUGGGAUUUCCGACGGUGGAAAGAGAAGGUGUAUCGUAUGCGUCAAGAAGCUGGCCUUCCUGUUGUUCUGUGA